GUAUUGUCUAUGAUUUUUUUAGCGGGAAAAUCAAACAAUAGGUAAUUCGUUCGUUCUAUUAAUUUCAUUAAUUAUCGUGAUUAACUGUUAAAUAUGAUUUGUUUGCAAUUAAAGUUACAUGAAAUCUAAAAAAUAUUACUGCCACUAACCAUGUCAAAUUACUUAUUGAUCAAACAUGCCAUGCCCACAAGCGCUCUCUCGCCUAGUUACAUUCGCGCGUCAUCAUGGAUGCAUCUAUCCCAGUUUUCGAAAAGCCCCACCCUCGUCUAAGUGUCCUAGACUGGACGAGGAACAUCCAAAGACUGCAGAACGAGGCUAGAGUGCGACGUUUCGAGUCCUACGAGUUGCGGAACCGGGCCAACCAGUUGAGGAAUGAAACCUCGGUCACUACGCGAUGGGAUAACUACGUCAAUAAUGAACUGUUGAGGGAUAGAAUAUUCCUCGUAGACUCGUUCCGUGAGAAGCAGCGUUUCACGAGCGAGAUGGUGCGCGACGAAAUCCGCGCUCUGCGUGAGGAGAAGAACGCCACGGAGCUACAUCUGGAGUCCCUGCAGGUCCCGCUGAUGGUGUCCUCGCAGUGCUUGUCGAAUAGGGACCAGAGGGUGCCGCCGGAGCUUACCAGGGACCAGUUAGGGGAGGAACUUAAUAAGAAAAUAAUCAAAAACGUGGAUACAAACUGGUAA